AUGUCCAGCUGCCUCACAACCUUGUGGAAUUCCAUCGCGGAAUUCUUUGCUCUUCCUCCUGAGCGCCCCCGGACGGUUUACGACUGUGAAAUCAAUCAACUUAAUACCAUCGAUACCAACUUUCGUUCGGAGAUGUUGUAUUGGGAGCAACGUUUGCAAAUGCCUGGCAUCAGCCCCGAAGUGAAGGUCUUCGGUGAACAGAAGUGUGCAAAGUUGAAACUCUACCGUCUCGAGAUUGCAAAGGCGUUGGUGGGUACCUCCCCUAUGAAGUUAUACCUGAUUUAUUUACGCAGACGGGCUAUAUAUUAUAUCUUGCAGAGCUGA